AGCCUCCAGCUCCCCCUCCCAUCUGGACGGGCUGGGCUGCAGAAGAAGGACACCACAGCUCGGACUGGGGCAGGAGGGAAGGAGCCCCGGGAGGGCCCGAGCUGAGGCCCAGGGUGCUGGAGCUUGCAGGAGCUGGACUCAGAGCUCCGCGGCACCCCUCCCCUGGGCUGGGUCAUGCGCUGCCCCAAGUGCCUUCUCUGCCUGUCAGCGUUGCUCACGCUCCUGGGCCUCAAAGUCUACAUUGAGUGGGCAUCCGAGUCCAAGCUGAACAAGGCCUACCCAGGACCCAGAGGCACCCCACCAGGCCCCACCAGAGCCAGCCCUGAGCCCACCCUCCCCAUCAACCUGUCUGCUCGCCUGGGCCAGACCAGCCCCCUGCCCUCGGCCUCCUGGAACCAGCAGCAGUGGCGGCUGGGGGCACUGCCCACCGGGUUGGAGAGCACUGAGGCUGGGGGCUGCCGGUCUUGGGGAGCCAGUGCUGCCGCUGAGAUCCCUGACUUUGCUUCCUACCCCGGAAACCUCCGCCGCUUCCUGCUGUCAGCGGCCUGCCGGAGCUUCCCACAGUGGCUGCCCCCAGGGGGAGGGGGCCGUGUGUCCAGCUGCUCUGAGACCCAUGUUCCCUACCUGCUGCUGGCCAUCAAGUCGGAGCCUGGACACUUUGCACAGCGGCAGGCUGUGAGGGAGACGUGGGGUGGCCCCACUCCGGGAAUCCGGCUGCUCUUCCUGCUGGGGUCUCCCGAGGGGGUGGGGGGCCCUGACCUGGGCUCCCUGGUGGCCUGGGAGAGCCGCCGCCACAGUGACCUGCUGCUCUGGGACUUCAUUGAUGUCCCCUUCAACCGGACACUCAAGGACCUGAUGCUGAUGGCCUGGCUGGGCCGCCACUGCCCAGGUGUGAGCUUCAUCCUGCAGGCUUCGGACGAUGCCUUCGUACACACAGCUGCCCUGCUGGGCCACCUGCGGGCCCUGCCACCCAGCCGGGCCCGGGGCCUGUACCUGGGUGAGGUCUUCACCCAGGCCAAGCCCCUGCGCAAGCCUGGGGGACCCUUCUACGUGCCGACGUCCUUCUUCGAGGGUGGCUACCCAGCCUACGCCAGCGGGGGCGGCUAUGUCAUCUCCGGGAGCCUGGCACCCUGGCUGCUGCAGGCAGCGGCCCGUGUGGUGCCCUUCCCCUUUGACGACGUCUACACUGGCCUGUGCUUCCAGGCCCUGGGCCUGCUGCCCAGAACCCACCGGGGCUUCCUCACCACCUGGCCUGCAGACCGCAGCCCCGAUCCCUGCGCUCUGCGGGACCUGCUGUUAGUGCGGCCCCUCGGCCCCCAGGACAGCAUUCGGCUCUGGAAACGCCUGCUGGACCCAGAGCUCCGUUGCUGAGCACCCCCUGCACACAGGACAGGUGGAGGGGUGGUGAGAAGAAAAGGCUUCUAACCUAGAGCUUGACUGGGGCCCAGGGCCCUGGCCGUGGCUCAGCCUCUCCUAGACCUCUGUGCAAGAGAAGAUGGCCAGCCCAGAGUACUGGCCAUAUGAACCACUCCUGGGCCUGCCUGGUGAGAGACCUAGUUAGGCAGGAGGAGACUUUUUGUUUACUCUAUGAUUUGGAGGGGAAAAAAUCACCAUUCCCCACUGCCUGAGCAGCCUGGCUUUAUCCUUGUGCCUGUGGGCCCAGAGGUGGCUUAUGGGGCAGAGCUCAACUACACCCUGACCCUCCACGCUAGAUACUCUCUGACCCUGACUGGGGAUGAUCUGCUCUACUGGGAACUAGGCUGCCCCCCCCCCCCCAGCCUCCUUUCUACAAGGGAAGGUGAGGGGGAGCCAGAGGCCAUGUCCCCUAUCCAUUCUGU